GCUAGUAAAUUGCGGUACCCAUGAAACGAAUAAUGAUAGUGGCCUUUAAGCGGCGUACACGAAGAAUCCAUGGUUUCUAAACGGUCUGCGCCGCCCUUCUGACUGGCGUUUAAAGUUUCCGAAUUUCCAUUCAGGAUCCUUGAAUCCAACUCGGAAUGAACUUCUAUUCGGCACUAGAUUAUUGGGAGUCUUUUACGUCGUAUAAAGAAUGCCAGAGAUAUUGGUCUAGCUUCUCUCCAGCUGCUCACAGAGUCCCACACGGUUUGUGCUAUGGCCUCUGCAACUUAUUCGGACGAGAAAUACCCUCAUCAGAUGAAAGUCAACAUCUACAACAUCAAUGACAACGCUAUUACAACUCCCCUUUCUGUAGCCGCAAGACCCAAUGCUCGCACAAAAACUUUUCUGAGGCUCCUCACCGUCGCCGGACUUGCCGUGGCAUGCACUAUCGCAUUCAUUCAUGGCUUUACCAAGGGUUCGAUGCCUCCAAUGGAGGAUGGGUUUUAUCCCAACGUCGUCCUCAAAGAGCCAGGCGAGUUUACUACGAUGGAGCGCAACCCCGCUUAUCUAGUUGAAGCUCAGAACGGUGUCGUGGCGACAGAGAAUAAACGCUGCUCUGAUAUGGGUGUCAUCGCCCUUCGUAAAGGUGGUUCAGCGGUUGACGCUGCAAUCACGGCAACACUUUGCAUUGGAGUAGUGAACUCAUUUUCGUCUGGUAUAGGCGGUGGAGGUUUCAUGACCAUCCGCGAGCCUCCCGCGCGCCGUGGCGACAAAUCUAAGGUCUUCACCAUUGAUUUCCGCGGAAUGGCACCUGCUGCCACGACCCCGACCAUGUUCGACAAUGGAAAGAGAAACUUGUCUGAAUCUCAAGGUUUAUCGAUGACUAUCCCUGGCGAACUUGCUGGCCUCCAAAUGGCUCAUAACGAAUGGGGAGCAAUGGCUUGGAGAGACCUCGUUGUCCCCAAUGCGGAACUAGCUAUGGGCUGGACGGUUGAUAAAGAACUCGCGAGACGUAUACAAUGGUUUCCAGACCUCUUCCUCAAUGAUCCGGAUUUCAGAGAAAUUUUUGCUCCGAAUGGCACUCUUCUAAAAGAAGGCGAUCCCAUAGAACGAAAUAAUUACGCUUUCACGCUUUUGGAGGUUGCCAAGGGAGGAGCUGACGCAUUCUAUAAUGGCACCUCAAUCUCUGAGGCUCUCGUAGCCAAGGUAAAUGAAACAGGUGGACACGCAACUGUGGAAGACUUUAAGAACUAUCGACCACUUAUGUAUCGCUCGUUGGAAGGGUCGUACCGCGGCAAGAAGCUUUACACUGCUCGUGCGCCAUCUUCUGGGCCAGUCCUCCUUCACAUGUUGAACCUAAUGGAAGGAUACAACUUUACCCGCAGAAGUGGCUUGGAUACUCAUCGAAUGGUCGAAGCUAUGAAAUUCGGCAAUGCAGAAAAAUCUAGAAUGAGCGAUCCCAAAUACCGCUACGACACCACCCUCAUCGAUGAGAUCCACACUAAACAAUUUGCGGACGAGAUUCGGGAGCGCAUCAACGAUCAACGAACUCAGCCUGCAGAGUAUUACCGCCCUCUAUACACAUUGAGGCCAGAUCCUGGUACAAGCCACGUCUCUGUCAUCGACAGUACGGGUAUGAUGGUCUCUGUGACUUCGACGGUCAACUGGUACUGGGGCGCACAAAUCCUUGACCCUGUCACUGGGAUAGUGAUAAAUAAUCAGAUGAACGAUUUCAGUACUUUCAACGAGACAAACAUCUUCGGAGAAUUCCCUGCCCGAUGGAACUUGCCUCAACCUGGAAAACGUCCACUAUCCUCGAUCUGUCCAACCAUCGUUGAGAACGCAGAUGGCUCCCCUUACAUUGCCAUUGGUGCCUCAGGAGGACCUACAAUCUUCCCGGCAGUGUUCCAAACUCUCAUCAACAUUAUUGACUACCAUUUGGACCCUAGCGAGGCUAUUGAAUUCGGGCGCCUUCAUAACCAGUUGAGACCGGAAUUAACGAUUGCGGACGAGACGUAUCGUGCAGACAUCUUAGAUGUUCUAACGAGGAAGAGGCAUCACAUCGAAAUUGCGGGCAUCUACCGAAAUGGGUCUUCGUGUGUGCAGGCGGUAAUGCGCGAUCCGGAUAGCGGGCUUCUCCUUGGUGCGAGCGACUCCCGCAAAAAUGGUAUCGCGGCUGGGUACUGAGAGGCAUGUUGCAAGCAUAGGUUUUAAAAAGAAUCUCAAUGUCAAUAAGGAAUCCUUUCUUCACGAGGACUCGGAGUUACUAAGUCUCCCGAACCUCUUUGAAUAGAUUGUGAUUUAAACAAACCUCCGUGUCCAAGGAUCGUGAUCUACCAUGAUGAGCAUCGGGCUAGCGCGUCUGAUACACACUUAUUCUGUUGUUAGAGAAAUACUAAUAUCGUAAC